AUGAGAAGACAUGUUAUCGCCAUCAAGCUUCUCCUUCUCAUCUGCCUCUUUCUCGGUAGAAUCAUGCCUCGGGAAUGCCAACAAGUCCAUUUCAAGUUUGGACAUGCAAAGAUCAGCACAAAACCGAAUCACAAAAGUAUAAUACCAAUUUCGGUGGAAGAGACAAGGUGGCAUAAGCACCCAUCCGGACCUAACCCAUCAGGAAAUCGCCACCCACCGGCUAAACCCUAA